CCCGGAGACCCUCCCCGGGCUCCUCCGAGUUCGAAAAUGGCCGGAAAUGUCAAAGAGCCAUUCCUUGUGAAGUUUAUAAAGUCUCCAGACAGUUCGGAGUGUUUUUAUAAAGCCCUUGAGUCAAUAAAAGAGUUGCAGUCAGAAGAGUAUCUUCAGAUUAUUACAGAAGAAGACGCAUUGGCGAUAAAGGAAAAUGAUAAAUCCCUUUUUAUCUGUGAUUCUUUUGAUGGCGCUGUCUUUGAGCACCUGAAAAAGCUUGCGUGCAGAAUUGUUGGUCCACAAGUAGUUACUUACUGUAUGCACCACCAGCAGUAUGUCCCCAGAGCCGAGCAUCCUGUUUACAACAUGGUUAUGUGUGAUGUAACCAUAUCUUGUACGAGCCUUGAGAAGGAAAAGCGGGAAGAAGUUUAUAAAUAUGUGCUGCUGAUGGGUGGACGAGUGUAUAAAGACCUUCAUGUAUCGGUGACUCACCUGAUUGCCGGAGAAGUCGGUAGCAAAAAAUACUUAGUUGCUGCAAACCUAAAGAAGCCUAUUUUGCUUCCUUCUUGGGUCACAACUCUUUGGGAGAAGUCACAAGAAAAAAAAAUCAUCAAGCACACUGAUAUAAACUCGGAUGACUUCAAGUGCCCAAUUUUCCUUGGUUGUAUCAUUUGUGUGACUGGCUUGUGUAGCUCCGACAGGAAAGCAGUUCAGCAGCUUACAGUGAAGCAUGGGGGCCAGUAUAUGGGACAGUUGAAAAUGAACGAGUGUACACACCUCAUUGUACAAGAACCAAAAGGCCAGAAAUAUGAAUGUGCCAAGAAGUGGAAUGUUCACUGUGUGAGCCCUCGGUGGUUUUUUGACAGUGUUGAGAAAGGUUUUUGUCAAGAUGAAUCUAUGUACAAGAUAAAGCCUAAGCCAGAAACUGUAUCUGUGCCUGAGACUUCAACGCCUACGGGCCAGACCAACAUGCUUGAUCGUCGUACUCUUUCAGAUGUCAGCCAUAUUUCUAACAUCAAUGCAAGUUGCAUAAACGAAUCCACAUGUAUUUCAGUUCUUAAUAACAAGUUGGAGACUGCAGUUGAAAAUAUAGAAAAUCUGGAUGUCAGCGCAUUUCAAGCCCCUGAAGACUUACUGGAUGGCUGCCGGAUAUACCUUUGCGGUUUUAGUGGCAGAAAACUAGAUAAGCUGAGGCGGCUCAUUAAUAACGGUGGUGGAGUUCGUUUCAAUCAGCUCACUGAAGACGUAACUCACGUCAUUGUGGGAGAUUAUGAUGAUGAACUGAAGCAGUUUUGGAAUAAGUCAACCCACAGGCCUCACGUCAUGGGAGCAAAAUGGUUGCUGGAGUGUUUUAAUAAAGGAUACAUGCUUCCUGAAGAGCCGUUUAUUCAUGCCAACUACCGGCCGGUGGAAAUGCCAGUUUCAGAUCAACCCGGAAAUAAAGCAGCUGUUUUAAAAAAGAAUAGCGGCAGCUUCUCCAAGCAAGACUUUAUGCCCAGUGACAGACACGAGGGGGCUGAUGAAGAUCUGCUCUCCCAGUAUGUAAACAACGACUCGACGCUGGUUGAACCUAAGAAGUCUAAAGCUGAACCCUUGAAUAGGUCUCCUCAUGCUGACUCCUUCACUGACUCUACUCAUAUUUCUCUGCAAGAAGAAAACCCUAACCAGACACUUGUCAAUCAUUGUGACGCUUCUACAGUUACUGAAGAAGGUUUAUUCAGCCAAAAGAGUUUCCUCGUUUUGGGUUUUAGUAAUGAAAAUGAAUUUAAUAUUGGAAACAUCAUAAGAGAAAAUGCCGGGAAAAUUGUAUCCCUCCAGAGCCGGACUGUGGCUGAUUAUGCAGUGGUUCCUCUGCUGGGCUGUGAAGUGGGAGCCACCGUGGGAGAAGUUGUUACAAAUACAUGGCUGGUUACCUGUAUAGACUACCAGACUCUAUGUGAUCCACAGUCAAAUCCUCUCUUCACCCCGGUACCUGUGAUGCCCGGAGCCACCCCGUUAGAAGAUUGUGUUCUUUCAUUUAGCCAGUGUGUUGGAGCAGAAAAAGAUUCCUUGACAUUCUUAGCCAAUCGCCUUGGAGCAAGUGUGCAAGAGUACUUCGUUCGGAAAUCCAACGCAAAGAAGGGCAUGCUUGCCAGCACGCACCUGAUACUGAAAGAGCCGGGAGGUUCCAAGUAUGAAGCGGCGAAGAAGUGGAACCUCCCAGCCGUCACCAUCGCGUGGCUGUUGGAGACUGCCAGGACGGGGAGACGAGCCGACGAAAGCUGCUUCCUGAUAGAAAAUUCACUCAAAGAAGAGCAAAAUCUGGAAACCAGAAUAGCAAAUGGAGUGCAUCUAAAUCCAGAGACUCCUGAGCCUCCUGGCGCACACGUGGAAGCGUGCAGGAAAACGGCCGUGAGCCCUCUCGACAUGAACCGCUUUCAGAGUAAAGCUUUCCACGCCGUGGUCUCCCAGCACACGGGACAGGGGUCAGUCUCCUCAGCCGACUCACAGCCGCCACAGAAGGAGCCCUUGUUACACCUGGACACACCAUCGAAAUUUCUUUCCAAAGACAAACUGUUCAAACCAUCCUUUGACGUGAAGGAUGCCCUAGCAGCCUUGGAGACGCCGCAACAUCUAGGCCAGCAGCAAAGCAAACUGACUACACCGCUGUCGGAAGUCAUUGGCAGAAACUUGAGACUGGCUUUGGCAAAUAGCACUCGGAAUGCGGUCCCUCUUUCUGCCAGCCCUCAACUGAAGGAAGCCCAGGCUGAAAAGGAAGAAACUCCAAAGCUGCUUCACAAAGUAGUCAUCUGUGUUAGUAAAAAGCUCAGCAAGAAGCAGAGUGAACUAAACGGGAUUGCAGCCUCUCUAGGAGCAGAUUACAGGUGGAGUUUUGAUGACACAGUGACCCAUUUCAUCUACCAGGGACGACCGAACGACACGAACCGGGAGUACAAAGCUGUGAAAGAGAAAGGCGUUCACAUUGUCUCAGAACACUGGCUUUUAGAAUGUGCCCAAGAGUCCAGGCGUCUUCCCGAGUCUCUGUACCCACAUACUUACAACCCCAAAAUGAGCCUGGACAUCAGCGCAGUGCAGGACGGCAAGCUCUGCCCAGGGCGUCCACUCCCAGCUGAGGGCGCAGCCAAGGAGGAAGAGUCUGAUCCCUUGCCGUUAGAAGAGAAGGAUCUAGACAUUGUAGCCAUCGAUAAUAAUGAAUUGGGCACGUCACAUGGAAGUGGAAAGAACUGCUUUAAAGGAGCUCUCACACAGACCUUGGAGAUGCGACAGACCUUCCAGAAGCAGUUGCAGGAGAUCAUGUCUGCGACCUCACUAGUGAAGGCCCCUGGCCAGCGGACUUCCCUGUCCCGAAGCGGUGGCAACAGUGCUUCGUCAACCCCCGACAGCAUCCGCUCUGUCCGCAGUGGGCGGAGUCGAGUCCUCGAAGCACUCAGACAGUCUCGUCAAAUAGUGCCUGAUAUCAACACGGAGCCCUCGCAGAAUGAACAGAUCAUCUGGGAUGACCCUACGGCCAGGGAGGAGAGAGCAAGGCUCGCCAGCAAUUUGCAGUGGCCCGUGUGUCCCACGCAGUACUCCGAGCUUCAGGUGGACAUAAACAAACUGGAGGAGCCCGUUUUCCAGGAACCAGAGCCGCCCCACGACUCAGAAAUUGCUAAACAGGCUGUCUGUGAUCCUGAAAACGUGUGUGUGACUGUGGACCCACAAGAGCAGCUGAUCUCUGAAGAGGUGGAAACCCCAGUCAAGGACAGCCACCUGAUCCCCACGCCACAAGCCCCCAGCAUUGCGUUCCCGCUCGCCAACCCGCCCGUGGCUCCACACCCCAGGGAGCAGAUUAUAACAAUAGAAGAUACUCAAGAAGACUUGAAAAAACAGUACAUAUUUCAGUUGUCCUCUCUGAACCCUCAAGAACGUAUUGAUUAUUGUCAUCUCAUUGAAAAACUAGGUGGCCUGGUGAUUGAGAAGCAGUGCUUUGAUCCUAACUGCACACACAUUGUUGUGGGCCACCCGCUUCGAAACGAGAAGUAUCUGGCCUCGGUGGCGGCUGGGAAGUGGGUGCUUCAUCGCUCCUACCUGGAAGCAUGCAGGACGGCCGGGCGCUUCAUGCCGGAAGAAGACUAUGAAUGGGGGAGCAGUUCCAUCCUUGAUGCUUUGCCUGGAAUCAACAUGCAGCAACAGAAACUAGCAAUUGCAGCGAUGAGAUGGAGGAAGAAGAUCCAACAGAGACAAGAAAAUGGCAUUAUUGAGGGAGCUUUUAGUGGAUGGAAGGUUAUUUUACAUGUCGAUCAGUCCCGAGAAGCAGGAUUCAAACGCCUUCUUCAGUCAGGAGGAGCAAAGGUGUUGCCUGGCCAUUCUGUAUCUUUAUUUAAAGAAGCCACACAUCUCUUUUCUGACUUCAAUAAACAAAAACCAGAUGACUUUGGAAUUAACGUAGCAGAAGCUGCUGCCCAGAAGGUGUUCUGCUUGAAGACAGAAUAUAUCGCUGACUAUCUGAUGCAGGAAUCUGCUCCUCAAGUAGAAAAUUACUGUCUGCCGGAAGCCAUUUCUUUUCUUCAGAAUAAUGAGCUUGAGCCUGGAUCAUCACAGAAGAGGAAAGCUCCUGCAGAGACUAAUAAACUCAAACGGCCUCGGAUACAGUAG